CCGACGACCGUCUCCAGCCACCAUCAUCCUUUCUCCUGCCCCGCACUCCCGCAGAACAGAUUGAAGCAGCGCCCCACCCCUGCCCACCUCGCCGUCCUCGCCUAAAACCCUCGCCGCCCUCCUCCGGCUCCCCGCCUCUCGUCCACGCGUCGGCAAGCAAUCAGUUCACCCCAAGACUUGCGAAGCGAUGGUGGACGCGUGGUGGCCUCUGCUGGGCGCGGCGAUCCCGGCUCUGGUGGCGGGUCAGUUUGUCCGCAUCAAGCGCCGCCGCGACGAGGAGCAGCGCCUCAAGGCGGCGCGCGGGCGGGAGAAGAGCUCCGACGAGGUCUUCGUCUGCGAGCGCGUGUGCACCUCCAAGCGUAUGCUCAAGAAGGUGGGGGCCUUCUCCAAGGACCCCAUACCGGAGACCUGCGUCACCGUCUGCGGCGUCUCUGAACUCGACGCCUGCGCCGACGCCUGCGCGCGCACCGUCUGCGUCAACCAGCACCAGGUGCCCAACUGGAACGACGUCUGCCUCAAGAGGUGCCAGAGCGAGUGCCUCAAACUCUCCUCAACCCUCAUGUAAUGGCCAUCUCGCUACCGUGCGGCACUCCUUAGGUACCACCAGUCAGGUUCUUAUCUGCUUCUAUCCAUAUCAUGGUUGACGAACUUCAGUCUUCAGACAUUGUUAACCGUCAUUAUCUCAAGGAAUUGGAGCGAGUGAAUGUUUCUGGCCAUGGCUGUUAUGUCUUUCAUUCCAUUAGCUCUUGCACAUUUCUACCACAGAAUUUGUUUCCUUAACUGAUUGUGUGUACUAGGUGCAAUAUCCUGAUUUCUUGAGUCACAACAGAGCCUGGGACUCCUCCAGGAUUGAAUGU